CAGCACAUCCAUCAACCCCCAUCUGCUGCUGUUUGGCCACAUCACAAUAAGACAACCACGCAGGAUUUCCAUCCGAUCUUGCUUCCGGGUCCUGCUAUGGGUUGUCCUAAAUAGACCUUGUCUUUGUCUUCCAAGCCUCCAUCCUCGAUGCUUCGCGCUUGCCAACUCAGGUGACAGUUCGCUGGUCUUCGGGUGCAGGCAAUCUGCAUCCCUUCCCCAAGUGGCCAGUCGAACAUAAUGUCAUCCCCGGCUGUUUUGUCCAGUCUCUUGGGUUCCUUACCACCGAGACCGCCGACUCCACCGCGCGAAGCUCACCAUGACACUCCGGCUCCGACUGAUAAACACCCACUCGUCUCCGUCGAUACCCGCUUGAGCGUGCACACUCCACCCGGUCUCCAGUCGCCCGUAUCCGCGCUCACGACAAGUUCGACAUCGAGGCGAAAGAAGGUUGGCUUCUCAGGGCAAACCGAAUAUAAGGACCCUCCGGACUAUGCUGAGGGCGGGGCUCCAAAACAGAACCCGACCCCCGUGUCGCUGCCCCGAAGUGCCUCUAAGCCCGUCAAGUCGAUCCUGAAAGUCACCAACCACAUCCCGGAUCCUCUCGGCUCUACAGACGGCGUCGCAUCAGAAGCCCAGGAUACAAAUGUGAAUUUGGCAGUCAUGUUGGAGUCGACAAUACAACAGCUCGCAGGCGGCGACCGCGACUCCAAGGUCGACGCCUACUUGAUGCUGACGCGGGCUUGGAAGGCUUCUAACAACCUGCCUGACCGAGUCGCAUUGCAGGAGAAGAUGAGUCUCUUCACUCAGUUUAUGCAGCGAGACGUCGUGGCAAGAACACCUGAAGGCGUUCUCGAUACCUCCCUCGUCAACCAUGCUUUGAACCUGCUCAACACUUUCCUGCGGUUUCCCGCUAUCGCCUCGACCAUUACCAACGAUUUCGGUGUUUUCAUCCUGGACCAUUGCAUUCGCUCUUUUGGAGAUGCGUCUACUCCGAAAGACAUCGCCAGGCGUCUCAUGCAGGUUAUUUCUCUGCAAAACUUCUCUCCCAAAGUCAUGACCUCUGACCGGGUGGGUCGACUGGUAUCCUCGCUGCACAACAUCGAGGAACACCUAUCCGGAAAGAGCAUCGUCUUGUCUCGCGUCCUCAUUUACCGGAAACUUGUCCAGCAGUCCAGACAACACAUGGUUAUCCAUUCAGAUUGGCUGCUUGACAUGUUCACCGACAUGCUCAGCAACCUGAGAGACAUCCGAUCGGCGGCCAUCUCCCUGGGCUUGGAAGCGGCCUUUAGCAUCGGCCACGAAAAGCUACUCUCGCGGAAGGUCAUGGAGGUCUUCAAUCUUUCUCACGAGGACAGGAGGUAUAUCCAGUACUACGAAGAGAAACUGAAGGUCAUGAUCAAGGACAAGCAUGAAUCAGCCGUUGUUCCCGAGAUAUGGAGCGUCGUCAUCCUCCUUCUUCGCGUCCCACUGGACAAGUGGGAGUAUACUGGUCCUUGGCUUCAUAUCAUCCAGAAUUGCUUCAACAGCCCGGACUUCCCGACAAAGAUUGCUGCCAAUCACGCCUGGUGCCGUCUCGUCUAUCUCAUCCAUUUAGAUGACCGGGCUAUGAGCAAAAAUCUUUCAACGCUGACCACACCCCUCGUCAGCCAGCUGAGGCGGAAGGGAAGCGGGAAAACAUUCGAGGAUUUGCGGCAGACGGUCCUGGGCGGCAUUUGCAACCUGUUCUACUACGUCUUUAAGCCGAGUUUAAACUCAACCGUCCUGGACUCCUGCUGGGACAACACCGUGAAGCGUGUGAUGGCAAAUAUGCUGGAUCCGAAGGCUGAAGCUGCUGGGGACAACCUACGACAGGCUAGCGUCAUGCUGAGGGGCCUCUUUGAUUGUGGGACACCACGAAGAUGGAGAGUAGAUCAUAUAGUGGAGACGCCGCUUGUAAGACCAGAGGAACUCCCGGCAAUUGACGCGAAAUGGAUUCGGCGGAACAUUACCAGGGUUUUUGCGGUGGUCGAGCCCAUCCUUGCGCAAGACUUCCCAGCGCUUGCCCGGUCCGACAGCCAUGUUUACUGUCUCUGGCAGGCAUUGGUCUCUACUGUUGCCUCAGCAGCCGCUAAGGAGAUCAAGAUCUCCAAGGAUACUGCCUUGUUCGUCGCCGAAGCCUUGAAUGUCUUGCACAAGAUCUGGAGGCGUGGUCCGCGGAGCUGUGGAGAGGCCGAAACGAAUGUGGUCGACUUCCUCUCCGCCGUCAGAUCGUACUUGGAGGUCAUGAUCCGCUCACUCGGCCUUCUACCUUUUACAGAAAAAGCCGGCAAAGCUCAAGGGCCUGCAAAAGCUUCCGUUUACUCCCUCUUCUUGAUGCUUUCGACGCUCCCACCAGGCGUUUCAGAUGACGAGGCUUUUUCAGACUUCUUCGGCUCUGUAUUCGCCCCUUUUUUCACUUCCAAGGGAGACAAGGCAAGGAGGGAUCUUGCGGAGGACCUUCUCUCGGCCGUUCCUAUGGAUACACCGCGACCGUAUGGAUCGUGGCGCUUGGUGGCAGAGCACAUUCUGAAUUGGCUCGAACCCAACCAACACAGCAACCAGUCGAACGGCUCGGCGUACGACACGCCGAUCGGCCACAACUACCGCGACAUUGUCAGGGUCCUCGAGCGCGGAAUUAGGUCGACGCCAAAUCUCCCGCGAAAGGAUUGGGAAUCUCUAUUCUAUGCUGUUUUCGAACGCGUGCGCGAAGAGACAGGCGACGCAGGAGCUGCCAUUCUCAUUAUCGAGCCUCUAGCGAAGGUUUUGGUUGAGCAAUUUACGUCUCAGCCAGCCGUCACCAUCUCGGCAAAGUCGGUCAGAUAUGUGACUGAUUUGGUGUCUGCCGCAACGCAACCACGAGACAGGCAAGCCGUGGAUGCUGCUCGGAAACGGCUCUGGGGCACGGCGCUCGCUGGUUCUCGCUCGUCAUCCUUCGACACAUUCGACAAUCUCUACAGGGCCAUCAGCGAGGCCCUGAACUACUUGUACAACAAUUUCGACUCCGCCGAUGCAGAUUUGUCUAUUCAUCUUCUCAACGAGAUAUCUAGCUUCUUCGACAGGUGCAACAGCCAACUAUUCCUCAGGGCAAUGCUUGCUUUACAGGACGGCUUUCUCCCCUGGUUUCGAGACAGUAAACGACUGCUCGCGAGCCAGACCGGCCAAGUGUUUACCGCAAUGAAAUCAUUGUGGGAUAAACUCCGCCACUUGAUCUUAGACAUUGAACAACCCGAGCAACAACUCCAGGCUUUGGAGCGGUUUUUCCGUGCCUCAUUCGCGUCCUGCCAUCGAUAUAUCGUCAGCUCCAGCGUAUCUCUAUGGAACAGACUCUUCGAAGACAUCGAGUACCUGGAUUACUCCGAGGAGCUGAAGACGGCGCUUCUACAGAUGCGGCUUCAUGCUGAAAUUGUGUUGCCAGGGUUGGAAACUCCAAGCUCAGAACAUGCCGCGCAGCAGCCGUUGUUCGUCGACUCAUUCGAGGAUUUGAGCCUGCCCGGACUUCCCUCAACGAGAUCCAGCAGCCGGAGGGGGACCCCCCGGCCUGCCUCAUCGCACUCCGGGUCUCCCGCUGCCCUUAAGCUUGCGGUGCCAAGCAGGAGAGUCCCCGGCAGAUCACUAGGACAAGGCUCAGUGGUGAACAACCGGCCGGCACCCCGAGUUCGACAUGACGACUCGCAGGUCCAAUUCGCCGCCAUCGAGUCGUCUCCAAGCCUAGGCAGCCCUGUUGAGUCUCAGGUUCUAACAGAAAGGCAAAAGGAGGUCCGUGAGCGCCAACGGGAGAAUACUGGUCUCUUCCCCGAAAUCCGAUCAAGCCCCGGGGUCAAGCCGGAAGAGUCUGGCCCAUCGGAGACCCGUGCGCAACAGGCCGCCACACCCGAACCCGAGGGAGAGUUCGACGAUUAUGUGUCAUCGACACCAACUCCCCGCCGCGGCCAGCCUAUAAUGCUCCCACCACAUGACAUGACGGACCCUCCGUCAUCGCCUCCUGAGCUGAGGGGGAAUCCGUUAGCAGCAGAAAUAAGAUCCAGGUCCGCUAGCCACAGCCUGCUCGAGGAAUGGCAGUUUUCCUCCUCACCAGUGUCCGGAUCGCCUAAUCGAAGCGGGAGCAACGUCGUUCCCGACCCGUCAAGCCGACUCGGCUAUGUCAGUGUCGUGUCCCUACCCGAGGUUGAAGACGCCCCUCGACUGCCCUCCAAUCCUGUCAACGCAUGCGAUGGAGCGGAGCCGCAGCCGGCCACCGAUGAAGUGAUUGAGGAUAGCUUCUUGAUGGUUUCUCGCAUGGAAAUCACGCGAGCCCCGGAAUCACCAGCAUCCCCGGUGGAGCAAGGUCCUUCUACACCACGGCGCUCGCCUCGGCUUCCCCAGUCUCAGGUUGAGGAGACGCCCACACCAAAGUCUGGUCGCGAAGAAUUUGUAGAUGCACCGACCAGUCCUCUGCCGCCUACACCGAAGCGAUCUCAUGAGAUCACUAAGACCACCACACCGUCAGAGCCUGUUCCAGCGGAAGGCACCGUGGCGGGUAAUACCUCGUUCGAUAUUAGUGAUAUGGACGACGGAAGUCUGCUCAAACUAGUGGUCGAAUUGGACGCUGGGAAGGUAAAUCCUUUGGAAUAUCACCGGUCCUCUGCGUCCCCCGAUGGCAAGAGCCAGGUCACUCCGCCGAGCCUAGACUGCAUUGUAGUUGCGGAAAGCCCAACAAGAGCUGAAGAACAUGGUGUGUCGAAAAGGACUAGAACAACCCCGGUGCCUAGCGAAAAGCCGGGGAACGCCCCGAGCUCUCAGUCAAAGUCGCGCAGGAGCUCGAAGAGGAAGAGGGCAGCUUCAAAGGUCCAUGACACUUCCAGCCAGAAGAGGCAGCGGAAGGAUUCGGCUGAAAAGGCGGAUCAGACGGCCUUGGGCCAACUUCCCGAACAGGCGCAAACGGCCAGGUUGGACGACGCCAAGGAGGAGGCUCCCGAAGAGCGGAUCCCCAGCUCCUCGGCCGAGCAGUCAAAUGUGGAGAGCUCCGGCCCGAGCGAGGUGGGGAGCCAACAAAACUUGACAGGAUCCAAGUAUGGGGAGAUCAUGGAAGUUGAGGCCGACGACCAGGAGGUGCAGUGCCAAAUCGCGCUCGAAUCCUUCAGUCACAACACGCGCCAAGAGGAGUACGGCAAAUCAGCAGGGGCCGUGCAGAGCCUCACCGAGGAGUCGAUGCAGGUUGACGUGCAGCAACCGAUGCCGAAUGAAGUAGAAGGGGAGGCUAAGUCGACGGAAAAUUUGCUUGAAGCCCACGAUUCAGCCGUGGCCAAGACGAAUCACAUCGAGAAUAUCAUGGACCUGUUGCGGAAGGGGUUUGAUGAGCUGCGGUCUGCGCGACUCUCACGGGAGGAGGUCUAUCAGGUUGAGGACAUGUUUAUGGAUAUGAAGAGGGAACUGUAUGAGGCGGAGCGGCGUGGACGGACAUAGAUGUAUGGUUUUAUUAUCAUUUGCAUAGGUCACGGCGUUACAAGUGGUUUCUGUAUGGGGUAUGGUUCGCUUGUUCGGCGCGUCUUGCCAAGCAUGAGCAUAGCCUGUGGGAGGACUUGAAGUAUGUACCUAGUAAAGUCUCUUGGUUUCACCGUCAAGAUCUUAAUUGGAAAGGUACCUGCAGUGCCACGAGAGAGUCGCUAUCAGGCAGG